AUGGAGACAAAGAAUCUUACAGGAGUUACAGGGUUUCUUCUUCUAGGAUUGUCAAAUGAAGCAGAAAUGCUGUCCCUCAUCUUUGGAAUUUUCCUGUCCAUGUACCUGAUCACCGUGCUGGGGAACCUGCUCAUCAUCCUGGCUGUCAGCUCAGACCCCCACCUCCACACGCCCAUGUACUUCUUCCUGUCCAACCUGUCCUUCGUGGACAUCUGCUUCACCUCCACCACCAUCCCCAAGAUGCUGCUGAACAUCCAGAUGCACAGCAAGGCCAUCACCUACGCAGGCUGCCUCACCCAGAUGUACUUUUACAUGCUGUUUGGAUUGGUGGAUGACUUACUCCUGACAGCGAUGGCCUAUGACCGCUUCGUGGCCAUCUGUCAUCCCCUGCACUAUACGGUCAUCAUGAACCCGAGACUCUGUGGGCUGCUGGUUCUGGCAUCCUGGAUCUUUAGCGUUCUGCAUUCCUUCUUACAAAUCGCGAUGGUGCUGCGUCUGUCCUUCUGUACCGAUGUGGAAAUCCCCCAUUUUUUCUGUGAACUCAAUCAGAUCAUUCACCUCGCCUGCUCUGACACCUUCCUCAAUAACUUGCUGAUGUAUUGUGCAGCCGCAGUACUUGGUAUUAUUCCUCUCUAUGGCAUCCUUUUCUCUUACUCCAAGAUCGUCUCCUCCCUGCGCAGAAUCUCCUCAGCUCAGGGCAAAUACAAAGCAUUUUCUACCUGUUCUUCUCAUCUCUCCGUGGUCUCCUUAUUUUAUGGUACCGGCCUAGGUGUGUACCUGAGCUCUGCUGUGACCCAGAACCCACGUCCGAGUGCCAUCGCGUCCGUGAUGUACAUGGUGGUCACCCCCAUGCUGAACCCCUUCAUCUACAGCCUCAGGAACAAAGACAUCAAGGGGGCUCUGACAAGUCUAAUUGGGAAGAAAUAUGUAAAAGCAUAA